AUGGAUCACCAGCCCUUGACAGCCUCGUCCACAACAAACUCUGCCAUGUCUGUCUCCGCCACCGAACCACCACCACCAGGGACAGACCAACCGACCACCUCUCACCCCAAAUUCGCAUUUCUCGAGGAGCUCACAGGCACCCAAAGGCACGGGAACAAGACGUUCUACCGGCAUCUAUUCAACGUCUACACCUAUCUCAAAAAGCACGGGGCGCCCGACGAGGUGUGCGACGCGGGGCUCUUCCACUCCAUCUACGGCACCGAGUCGUAUACAUUCCAGAGCGAGCGCGUCACCAGGGACGUGGUGCGUGGCUUCAUUGGCGACUACGCCGAGGAGCUCGUCUAUCUCUUUUGCGCAACCAAGGAUCGGUUCACGGUGAUCGUCAACAACACCAUGGGCUUGAGCGCCCGGCAGGCUCGGGAUCUGUGCUGUAUCGAGUUCGCGAACAAGUGGGAUCAGAAUAAAGACCGGCGAUAUCAAAGGCAGUUGAUCAUGCUCGCCGAGGCGGUUGUGCGCCUGGAGAGGGAGAGCCAAGGAGACUGA